UCUCUUAUCUCUUUCUCUCUCAUCAGUUUAAGCUUUUAUUUUUAUUUUUUUUUUCUCUCCAUUUUCUAACAAGAAAAAGAUAUCGCCAUUCUUUGCGUUUACUCUUGAGCUUCGAUCGAUUACUCGUUGGAGAAGAUGUGAACCAUUGCGUUACCGAUGUUCUUCAUUUCUUGUUCUCCGGAUCAGAGCUCCGAAUCGGUUGUUUUUCUGGGUUUUGGAGAGAGAUGUGGUGCUCCUGACAGUAGUAGUGAUGUUUGGGCUGUGUAUUUUGAACAUGGAACCCUUGUCAGCAAUAUCCUUUCUCAUUGUUAGCCUUUUGGAGUCUGGCUGAUGGGAAACAACAAUCAAAUGAAUUCUAAUGGGGCUGGAGAAGAAGCCCCCAUGGAAGCUAACCAAGAAAUGCAUGAUGAGCCCAAGGAUAUCAGAGGUAUUGAUCUGGAGAGGCAGGGUAUUUUAGAAGAAGAUGAGACCAAGAUAAAUGAUUCUGCUAAAUAUGUCAAAGAUUUUCCUAAAGGAGAUAUUGCGCAGCCACAGCAGCCUCCACUUCUGGGACCCAUUGUUCACUGGGAGAGAUUUCUUCCUGUGAGAUCCCUCAAUGUCUUGCUUGUGGAAAGUGAUGAUUCAACCCGCCAACUGGUCAGUGCCUUACUUCGUAACUGUAGCUAUGAAGUUACUGCUGCAGCUGAUGCAUUCCAAGCUUGGAGAAUCUUAGAAGAUUUGACUAAUCGAGUUGAUCUAAUACUGACUGAGGUGAAUAUACCGGGCUUAUCUGGAAUUGGUCUACUUUGCAAGAUCAUGAGUCAUAGAAUGUGCAAGAAUAUUCCUGUGAUUAUGAUGUCAUCAAAUGAUUCAGUGGGCACUGUCUUUAAAUGUUUAUCUAAAGGUGCAGUUGACUUUUUAGUGAAGCCUAUCCGGAAGAACGAGCUUAAAAACCUUUGGCAGCAUGUUUGGAGGAGAUGCCACAGUUCAAGUGGUAGUGGAAGUGAAAGUGGCAUACAACACCAAAAGUCUAUCAAGUCAAAGAGUCCUGUUGAUUCUGAUGAUAAUACUGACAGCAAUGAUGAGGAUGAUAAUGGUAGCUUUGGGCAGAAUUUAAGGGAUGGAAGUGAUAAUGUGAGUGGAACCCAGAGUUCUUGGACAAAGCAUGCAGUUGAAGAUGAUAGUCCUCAACAAAUGUCUCCAUCAGAUCCUUUGGCAGAUCCGUAUGAUAGUACUUGUGCACAGGUCAUUCACUCCAAGCAAGGCAUGCCCAAGUCUACCAACCAAGGGUGUCAAGAACAAAGGGAAGCUGCUGACAAAAAUUCCUCAGGAAAAGACCUGGAAAAGGGGGCACCUCAGAAUCCUGAUGGAGAACGGAUUCCUUAUUCAACUGAAAAAGCCUCUAGUGUGACAGGUGCAAGCAUGGAAAGAUUGCCUGAAUGCAAUCCAAAGGUAGAAAUGAAUGAGAACGUAAUGUUUGAGAAUGUACCAGGACGAGAGAGCAGCAAUGCUUCUUGUGGACCAGUUACGCCAGUUGCUGGUCUAAUUGGUGGGAUUGCUGAUAAUUGUGAGUCACGCCUCGCAAACAGACUUCCUGAUACUCCUGAUGGCUUCUCCAAAAUCUCAAAAUGCAAGGAUAAAGCUAAUGAACAUUCCAAGGAGUUGCCUACUCUUGAGCUGAGUUUGAAGAGGUUAAGAUCAAGUGGUGAUGUUGAUGAUCACAAUAUUUUGCGACAUUCAGAUCUUUCGGCAUUCUCAAGAUAUAAUAGUCCCAACUCUCAAACUCCUAGGGGACGUGGUGCUAGUUCUUCUAACCCACAUGAUACCUCAGAGGAGAUAAAGUCAGAAUCUACAUAUAGCAUGUUAAAUACUGUCGCUUUGAAACAAGGUUCAAAUGGCAGUAGUAAUAACAAUGACAUGGGUUCCACUACUAAGGAUGCAUUCACCAAGCUGCCAGCACAUAAGGAAAAGAUCGCCUCCACAGCAGCAGCCAAGACCAUUUACCCCUCAACCUUACACCACACCCCACAUCGGCCUUCCUCUAAUCAGCCACCAAUCCAGGAAAAAGUUGAUGAUGUGGCUGCACAAGCAAUGGCAGGACAGGUAAGGGGUGUACAACAUGAGAUCCAGGUGCAGCAUCACCAUCACCAUUAUCAUCACCAUCACCACCAUCUUCACAGCAGGCAGGAGCAGCAACCGGUGCCUCCGUCUGAUCGUGAUGACAUAUCUCUCAAUAACAUGGUGACAACUGCCCCGCAAUGUGGGUCAUCAAAUAUGUUUCCUGGAUCGAUGGAGAUCAAUGCAAUGAACUAUAGUCUAAAUGGGAGUGCAUCAGGCAGUAAUCAUAUGAGCAAUGGUCAUAAUGGAAAUAGUAAAGCUGUAAAUGCUGGAGUGAAGAAUAUGGAUUGUGAUGCUGGUGUUGCAGCAAAUGGUGAGGCUGGAGGCACCAGUUUAGUUGAUCAGAAUAGGUUCUCACAGAGAGAAGUGGCAUUGAACAAAUUCCGUCAGAAAAGGAAAGAAAGGAACUUUGGAAAGAAGGUCCGAUAUCAAAGUCGGAAAAGGCUUGCAGAGCAAAGGCCACGUGUACGGGGACAAUUUGUGCGGCGAACUACACAUGAGCACACCAGUCGGGAAGGAAGCAGCUGACACUCGUCAUGGUUAUCUGGGUUCUCGAGCAUUAGCAAGCUUGAUAUAUACACUAGUACAUAGAACCACCAUGUUAAUGGAUUUCUUAUCCACGAAGUAGCAAGACAAUUGCUGUACUGGUUGUGAGCAAACUGAAAUGGACUAAAUAUGAUUGUACUUUAAAAAUGUGUAAUUUGAGCCUGUUGUUUACUACUACAUGGACUACAUUUGCUAAUAAAAUGGACUAAACUGUAA